AUGAUGCGAAACGCAAAUCAAGAAAGCAGAACCAUGUCUUCUUGCGCCUCUUUGAUUUUCCUUUUCCUUUUCUCUUUCCUCACUACCUUCAAAGCUUCCGCUCAAGAUCCAAAUUACGUAUACCAUGACUGUCCAAACACGACAACUUAUACAAGGAACAGCACUUACUUCACCAAUCUCAGAACCGUUUUGUCUUCCCUCUCUUCCCCCAACGCCUCAUCAUACUCCACCGGAUUCCGAAACGCCACCGCCGGGAGAGCCCCCGACAGAGUCACCGGAGUUUUCCUCUGCCGCGGAGACUUAUCCCCUGAAGCCUGCCGCAACUGCGUCGUCUUUUCCGUCAACGACACCUUAACUAGGUGUCCGAAUGAGAGAGGAACCGUGCUCUAUUACCAGGAGUGUAUGCUCAGAUACUCCGACCAGAGUAUUCUCUCGGUCCUUUCAUACGAUGCACCAUACAUCUUGUCGAACCCCAAUAACAUCACAUCUAAUCGAGAAGACCGGUUCGCAGAUUUGGUUUCGUCCACGAUGAGCCAAGCUGCCCUUGAAGCGGCCAACAGCUCAAGAAGAUUCUCUGCAAUAAAAACCAAUUGGACUGCACUCCAGACUCUCUACGGUCUUGUUCAGUGCUCUCCUGAUAUCAGAAAACAAGAAUGCUUGAGCUGUCUCCAUCAGUCCAUCGAUGCUAUGCCUCUUUACAGACUUGGGGGAAGAAUUAUUUGGCCGAGUUGUAAUUCAAGGUACGAGCUUUACCCUUUCUACAACGAAACCGCCGUUCUAACACCACCACCACCGCCGACUACUAACGCUUCUACUUCUCCGGUGGCAUCUUCUGCACCAUCUGAGAAAGGUGGGAAGUCAUAUAUGUUAGCAUUAGUCAUCCUUGUGGCUGUUAUGGUGGCUGUUCUGUUUCUCAUAGCUGCUUAUUGUUUCCUUUCAAAGAGGAAAAAGAAGAAGACUUCUGACACUGCACCAACAUUUGAAGGAGACGAUAUAACAACCGUAGAGUCGCUGCAACUUGAAUAUAAAACAGUUCAAGCUGCAACAAAUGAUUUUGCAGAGAGUAAUAAGAUAGGUCGUGGUGGAUUUGGCGAGGUUUACAAGGGUACAUUUACGGAUGGGACUGAGGUUGCGGUUAAGAAACUGUCAAAAUCAUCAGGACAAGGUGAAGCAGAGUUUAAGAACGAGGUUGUUGUUGUUGCAAAGCUUCAGCACAGAAAUCUUGUUAGGCUUCUUGGAUUUGCUCUAGAAGGAGAAGAAAGGGUAUUGGUCUACGAGUAUGUGCCCAACAAAAGCCUUGAUUACUUCCUCUCUGACCCUGCAAAGCAAGGUCAACUAGACUGGACUCGACGAUACAAGAUCAUUGGAGGGAUUGCUAGAGGGAUUCUAUAUCUUCACCAAGAUUCGCGGCUCACAAUCAUACACCGUGACCUCAAGGCAAGCAACAUUCUCCUGGAUGCAGAUAUGAAUCCAAAGAUUGCUGAUUUUGGAAUGGCAAGGAUCUUUGGGAUCGAUCAAACACAGGAGAACACAAGCAAAAUAGUUGGCACUUACGGAUACAUGUCACCUGAAUAUGCGAUGCAUGGCCAGUUCUCAAUGAAAUCUGAUGUAUAUAGCUUCGGAGUGUUAGUUCUUGAGCUUAUAAGCGGUCGAAAGAACAGCAGCUUCUACGUGACUGGCGGCGCACAUGACUUGGUGACACAUGCUUGGAGGCUUUGGGUUAAGGGAACAGCGUUAGACCUUGUGGAUCCAAUCAUUGUAGAUAAUUGUGAAAAGAGUGAAGUGGCUCGAUGCAUCCAUAUAGGUCUUUUAUGUGUUCAAGAAGAUCCUGCAGAACGUCCGACCAUGCGAACCAUUUUCAUGAUGCUCACUAGUGAUACUGUGACUUUACCAGUGGCUCGGGAACCAGGUUUUUUCCAUGAGAGUAAAGCCGAGAAAGACCCGCUUGACACAUAUAUAUCUACUACAACCAAGUCUGUUCCAACGUCUGUUGACGAUUCAUCAAUCAAUCACUGA